AUGCCUCCCCAACCUCGCACCGCCGCUGUGCCCCGCCGCGCCCGUGCCCGCAGGGACAAGCUCAUGCCGGUGCGCAGCUGGGUGCAGCGCACCAUCCCAGGCAUGGCAGGGGUAACGCGGCGGGGUGUGGAGGAUGCGGGGGUGGGCGUGCCGGGCGUGUGCAACUUUGUGGAUGCGCGCACCAAGUGGAUAGACGGCGCUCUGAGGCAGGCUCUGGACGAGGGCUUUACCCAGGUGGUGUGCCUGGCGGCAGGCUACGACACGCGAGCCUACCGCUUCGCCCGGCGGGGCGUCAAGUUCUUUGAGCUGGACCUGCCCGCCGCCAGCCAGCGCAAGCAGUGGCUGGUCAAGGCCUGCCUGCCCGGCUACGACACGCUGCCUCGCCCCGUGUACGUGGGGGCAGACCUGGGGCGGGUGACUGUGGGCGACGCGCUGGCGGGGACCGGCUUUGAUGCCAGCCGGCCCACGCUGUUCACCUGCGAGGGCCUGAUCUACUACCUCCCAGAGGCCGCGGUGGCGACCCUGCUGACCAGCGUGGCCGACGUCGCCGCCCCCGGCAGCCGCCUGCUCUUCGACUUCCUGCAUGCAGACGCCGUGGACGGCAGCGCCUUCUAUCCCGGCUACCACGCCUGCGCCGAGAGCGUGGCGGGCAAGGGGGAGGCGUUUGUGUCCGGGCUGCAGCCGGGAGAGGAUGAGCUGGCGGGGUACCUGGCGCUGCUGAGCUGGCGCCUGCACCGCCUGGUUUCGCCGCGCCAGAUGGCGGCCAAGGAGCUGCCUCACGAGCAGUGGAGCGACGAGAUACCUCCCAUCCUUGCUUUCUACAGCUACUGCGAAAUGGAGAAGCCGGCAGUCGCAGCGGCGGCGCCAGCGGGUGCCAGCGUGGCGGCGCCAGCGAGCGUCAAGCAGCAGCCCGAGCCCGCCUGUCUGCAGCGCGACGGCAGCCUGAUCCAGGCAGCGCCGGACGCCGACCUGCCUGGCAGCCCCUGA